CCUGGCUCCGGAGGAGGCCUCGGCAACUAAGCCUCUAGCCAUCCAUCGCCUAUCACAUUUACGCCGUGCUCUGUCCGGUAACACCCGUGCUUUUCAGCGAUUUGCUAACGAUGGCAACGCACAAUGGACGGGACGGCAAAGAAGGGCCCAAUGGCAGCUCUCAAGGGCCACAGGAACGAAUUCUGCCCACGGCAAACACGAACGGGCACACAACCCAGCAGCAGCAGGAGCAUUCGUGUGAAAUUUGCGGCAUGUCUGGCUUGUCCGAUGAAGCGAUGCGCGAACACACGCGCCAGUACCAUGUGGAGGGUAGUGCCCAAUGCCCGUUCUGUGGACUGACUGGUGUACCAGCGGCCGAGUUACUUCUCCAUGUCAAUCAGGCGCAUCUUGACUAUCUGACGCCUGAGAACGAGCUGAUGUCAUUUAUCGACGAUCAGACGCCCAGCUUUUGCAGUGUCGACGGUGAUUCCGAUUCAAUCUCUGACUGCCGCGGUCUUUCUCCGUCGAUCACAUCGGAACUACUAACACCGAUUUCUGGACCAGCGGGAAAAGUUUCUGGAUGUGGUGGCGGUAGUACCGUUAUCACCAACAGCAAUAGCAGUAUCGUCAACGGUAGCGGAACAACUGAUGGCGCGAACUGCACCAACCACAUCCAUCAACCGGUGGCGGAGUCACUACUCCACAACGGCAACCCGUCGGCAUUGGCUGGUGGAAGUAAGAUGCAAAUGUCUUCUGCGAGCAAUACUUCGACAGCACCCGGUAGCAGCAUGAGCAGCAGCAGAUCCAGCUUAAUUGGUAGCAGCACUAAUCUGAAUGGUAGUCACAAUCUAACGAACGGUAAGGUGGCCGUAGGUAGUGGAAACCAGCUGCAACACUUGCCAGAAGUACUGGCAUCCGGAAGUGCUAACGACCAGACAAAUGGAGCCCUCAGCAAGGAUAGUGGGGCGCUGCUGAAUGGUGGGGGCGCUGGAUGCACAACACCGGCAGGUGCCGGUGCAGGCGGGCAAGGAUCACCCUUAAGAUCACAGCUAGGUUUGAAGCUGAAAACUCACAAACCAAACCCCGGAGGUGCCGGUGGUCCAGCAACUAUAAUGACGGUCGCAACAACAACUAGCACCACAACCAUCACCACCAAACCGGCCAGUCCAUUGCAGUGUUUGCUGUGCCCGUACACAUCCGAUAACCCAACGGUGCUGGAGGAACACAUCAAUCGGUCACACUUCGAUCCGCUCAGUCCCGGUGUUAAUGGUGUGGGAGCGAAUGGAUCGGGCGGAAGUGGUGGUCCCGGUAGCCAACAUGUCGACACGCUCAGCGUACUGCAGUGUCCGAUCUGUAACCGGACGUUCGAGUCCGGUUCGGACUUGGAACUCCACGUUAACAUCGAACAUCGGGAUAUUCUAAGUCCGGCGAAGGCGGAUGGCCGGGCGAACGGCGGUGGAGCACAAGCCAGUGGUGCCGCAACCGUGAACGGUAGCUAUGGUGGUAGCACUGGCAGCCUCUGUCCCGUCUGUGGCAUUUCAUUCGAUAAUAUGAAAACACAGGAGAUGGAGUACCACAUCGAACGACACUUUUCGAAAAGUCCCCAGCACCCGUAUCUUACUGGAGGCGAACCGAUGGCGAGCUCGGCAGGAACAGCGGGAGCAGCGGCGGCGGCCGCAACUGCGAUUGUUGUGGAUCUCGAGAAACAAGCACAGAAACUACGCGAACAGCGCGAAUUCGAAAUGCUGCGAGCACAGUACGGCAUGGACGAUCAGGGUAACUUCCGGGAGCAGUCGGCGGCCGCCAUGCAGCGGGCCGUUUACGCCGGUGAAAUGAGUGUGGCCGAUUACUACGAACGGCAAGUUGGAUUGCGGGCGGCAGAAUCACACGGCGUUGACGAUGGUUCAUCCUGCACGAAGUCCGUUUCGCCGCGGGUCCUUUCGCUGUCCUCCUCGUCCCCGAACGUGAUCAAAACGUACGUCUGCUCGAGCGUCGAUCAUUAUGCCUCCAGUUACGGUGAUAAGGGCUGGGGCUGUGGCUAUCGAAACCUGCAGAUGAUGCUCUCCUCACUGUUGCAGAACACCUCCUACAACGAAGCACUCUACUCGGCGUGGGGAUCGCAUGGGCCAGCCCGUACCGCCAUGCCCAGUAUUUCACGCCUACAGCGCAUGGUUGAAGCAGCGUGGGCCCAAGGUUUCGACAUUCAGGGCUCGGAGCAACUUGGCUGCAAGCUCUACAACACCCGCAAAUGGAUCGGUGCAACCGAGAUCGUCACCGUACUGUCGUGGUUGCGUAUUCGCUGCGAGCUGGUCGACUUCCAUCGCCCCACUUCGGUCGAUGGUCGUCAUCCGGAGCUGUUCAACUGGGUGUUGCGAUACUUUGAGGAACCACGCAUCCAUACACCACCUCUGUACCUGCAACAUCAAGGACACUCUCGCACCAUCAUCGGCAUCGAGCAGCGCACUUCCGGCCUUUCAUUGCUCGUGCUCGACCCAAGCCACGGACCGCGCCAGGUGGCAGCACUCGGAUCGUCACAAGACACAUUGCGCUUGAUACGCAAGAACUCGGCCGCGAUGCGUGCUCCCCAGUAUCAGGUGGUUGCCGUCAAAGGCCUCAUUGAUACUGAGGAACAGUAUCAGGCCAGCAAGGUGUUGAAGUCCUUACACAUACCACCGGACCGUUGACGUGUCCGUGAUCGGUUCCUGAUCGAUUCAAGCUAUGCUAUAAACGUUUGUAAGCCACAAUCGCGCGGGCUGCACUGGCAACAAUGGAUCACAACAGGAAGACGGUUAGUUUAAUUUUACAAGUAUGCCUAUUCCCUUCUAGUAUUUGUAAAAACUACGCGAAAAAGGAUAUGAAAGAAAAAAGUGCGCGAGAACAGAUAAAGAUGGAAGAAUGGCUGGUUUUGAUUAAGUUAAAAAUCACUCUCAACCAAAGUCAAGUGAAAUGCAUAGCAACAUCGAUAAGGCUUUUGCGAAAUUCCUUAACGUUAAGAAUGUUGAAGUGAUUUGAAAAUAGUUACUAAAGAAUUUCCUUUGUUUUGAGAUUGUGUGUAUAGUAUUUUCAUUUUCUAGCGAAUGCUGCGUGUGAAUCGAACGGUGUUUUAACGAAAAAUAAAUAAACAAAAUCGUCAUCAAGAUGGAUGUAGAUUCCUUUCCUCGGAAGUAACGGAAACCGUUGGUUCCGCUUAAUCAUUUUCAAUAAGCUUGCAAAGUGCAAAACAUACACCACAUUCGGAAGAGCUGUAUUAAUUUGAUCGCCGCGUUUGCUCAUGCAUGCUCAUUUUAACGGUGGAAAGGAUGUUUAAAAAAGAAAAAAGUGUAGUGACAAUUUUCGUCUUCUCUCGUUGAAGCAUUGGCCAGUUUUUAUGUGUUCAAAGUAGUACUCUGCUCAAGAGUUAAGCGUUAACGUACUCACCUUUCGAUACGAAAUCUUACAAUUAAAUAAUACGAUCACACGCUAGUACGUUACUUUAUCAUUCAGAAGCGUCGGGUACUUCGAAUGAAAUUAUAAAUAAUUCACCAACUUUUGGGUUCUGAUCGCAACGAGGAAUGAAAAAUCGGAACGAAUUCACGUAAAAAAUACAUUUCGGUAGUUAGGAAGCGCACCGAGAAAAAGAGAAAGCAAAACACAUGCAAGCCGACGAGUUGCACAAGAGACAAUCCAUUUCCUCCAAAGAGAAGAGCACAAUUCUACAGAAACUAAAUGGCAAACAAGCAGCAUUAAAAAAGCACAAAUCCAAACGAAUUAUAAACCAAAAGUUAGUACUUACUUAUCCGGCAAUUACAACGGCCGAGCGAUCCUGGCCUGCAGAAAGGAAAGAUAGAAUUUAUCUUAAAACCAAACCCAUACGCUACCCCUGAAAAACAAAGACAAGUGAUCCUGAAAACAUUCAAUUAAAGGAUUGUGAUAUAGCAAAAAACAAUGACUAAAAAGGGCACUCCCGCGAGCAAAGCAAAUGUGCAACAUUUUACUUUCGUUUUCGCUUCCGUCGAAGAUCGUGCGACGAUCGCUAAGCGGUCAGUGGUCGGAAACGAUCGAAGUUGAACAAUGCGAUUCUUAAAGGUACAAAAUAAACUAAUUGUAGUAGAAAAAUAGGCUGACGAUGUUCAGCUUACAGUUGCAUCCAUUUUGUGUACAGCUUAUCGCUGAACAUUUGAAGAAACUAAUUGGAAGACAUUGAAGACGGCAGCCCUGUCAACCUCGAUACUACCUGAUGAACUGACGAGUGAAACACGUUUAAAAAUUGUAUUUGCAAGCUUGCAUCGUGCGUGAAAAUGGAAUGCUUGCUUGUGACCGAAACAUAAUCCGUAACAUGCUAGUGGCACGUGAAUACCAACACAACCAGAGUUUGACUCUUGUUUUAGAAAGUACUAAGUUUACCGAUCGCAUAGUGACAUUUAUUGUACAAAUCAUUGCUUUUCUGCGCUGGAAAAUCAUGGUUAAUUUUAUUUUAUAAACACGGUUUGGUAUGGGUGACGAGUAGAAGGACUGGUAUAAAUUUUCACCCUCAAUUGAUGCAUGCCCCCUCUACUGCUCUCUGAAAUUCCACUCUAAAAGCAAUAACUUAUUAAGACAUUUCUCAGUGUCUUCACAGCUGAUAUACGCAGCUAUUACAGCUUUAAGCACAAUUUGAUAAUACGUUAUUGGAUGUUCCAAGUGGGGAAGUAUCAUUGCUAUUGAAUUAGUGCGUUGUUAACUUAACAUUUCGUUUUAAUUGUUGUCCAUUGCUAUUUUAGAUUUUGAUCUGUACGAUCGAUUACCGGUUUCGUGAUUAAGUUUUCACUAUCAAUCGAUAUUAUGCUCCUUGUUUAAUUCUUACUGUUCGCCACGAUUCGUUUCAUCGGUUCAUCGGUUUAUCAACCGUUCAUGGCCAUUUCCAAAACUACUCAUAAGGUUACCAUAUUCUUAUAGCUCUAAAAUACAGCAUUGUACUUAGUACAUAACUUACCUGAUCAUGAUCAUGUCAACGGAAACGAAUUUGCACGGUGCAUUGUAAUAUUCCAAUUAAUCCGUCGGUUGUAACUUUUAAAAUUAACUGCGCUACUAUCAUUUAUUCUGUCAAACGGACGGCUUGUAACGUGCGGAGAGAAAAAAUAAGUUAACAACUGAGCAAAUCGCUUUUUCUAAAAAGAGGACCAAUAUUUGGUUUCGACUCAUUGUCACUGCAGAUAAGCAUAAUUUGCCGGUGCCCCUAACCAAGGGCUGCCCCAGCCUGCCGCUCAUAAUUAUAGCUUUUCACCGUCCAUGAACGAACACCGCGUUGCGAAAAACAACACAAAACUCCGCGUCUCGUUUUACGAUUUGUUUAAAAAGUGCACGAGGAAUUGAUCAGUCGUAAGGAAUGACGAGCUGCUGGGAGGUAGUAACGGAAAGCUGCUCAUAGUUGUGUGUAUAGUUGGAGAACGCGAAGUUAUUUUUUGAAAAUUAUUUCCCUGUUUUUACGAGAAAACAGCUAAUUGCUUUUAUCGUUCCUAAGACGAAAGACGAGUGGCGUGCUCUCCGGCAGAUAGUGAGGCUAUCCAAACCAACACCAACCAAGCUAACCCUAGAAGACCCCCCUCCUAUCUCGGACCGACCUGAGGAGCACAAUCGAAAUGAGUUGUAAAUUAAAAGCUAAAAUAGUAAACGACGUAACAAAUCACUGAAAGUACCUCCUGUACCGUCUAUCUGAAUGCAUACUCACAAUACUUAUGUGAACAAGGUGUAGCAGUGCGCAUUCGCAUCCCAAAGUUCAGUGGAGUAUCAUAUAAUUAGGACACACGGUAACAGAUUUUGUUUUGCUACCUAAACUACCCAAAAAAUAAGCACAUGAACUCAGUUUUUGAAUGCUCCAUUUCCUAACGCCCACUUGUUAGCGGCUAAUGAUCAAUAUAUAUUCCAUCCAUCCGUCGUUGGUGCAACUAAAUUAAAAUGACCAUUACUAUUAAAAAGCUUUAAAUGCCUUCCACUCAGACCAACGCAUUCAUUUCUCGCAGUUUGAAAGCUCCAUCAGUAUCUAACUAUAAAACAUAGGACACAAUAAAUCUCCUGAGUACGAAACAAAGAUAUUUCCAGCAUACAUACAUUUGCAUUCGGAUGGGAUGAUAAUAAUUAAAAAAAAACAAAUCAAAUCAUCCAAAAAUGGACGGACAGUUUAUCAUUAAAAUAAAACCACAUGGCUACGUUAUAAUGGCACAGCACAGGACAUGGGAUAAAUUGGCUAUGCUAAUUGCACAAAACAUGGACAGUGAGAUUUAUCAAAGGUGGCUAGAAAAUUCUGUUUUCGAACGUGGAUAAAUGUAGACUAAUUUCGAACAUGGAAAAUGUAUUGUAAAGCAAACAAUUUGUCUCUAAGGAAUUUCCCACAAAACAGGAGAACCGAAAACGUAGCGUUGUCUUUAGUUUAACUGCGAUUUUUUUCUGCUCCACAAUAAACAAUGCCACAUAAAGCCCCUUUUUUGAUACAGACAUGCUAGCAUGGCCUACGUCGUUUGACGAGCAAACCACAGCUCAACUACGUUUGAUUUCAAUUUAUAUGUAACCAAAACCGGGGAGGGCAUCUUCCUUACACUCGGCUUUCCCAUCGCACGUCACAUCGAAUUUCUCCGCUUUGUUUCUCUGACGGUGUAAAUAUGGAAAUUUGUCUGUGCCUAUCACCUAUGCUGGCCGAGGGUGUCGGUACAACAAACGGUGAACGCAAAUGCCUAGUCGCAUUAAUAGUCAUGAACCUUAAACUGAAUCAAAUAUUUUUGUGCAUAAAACUCUGUACGAACGGAAGGAAAUGUGAGAGAGAACUACGCAAUAAUAACUAGCAUUUUUAAAACGAAAGAAAAAAAACGGAUAUUGGUGACUGGUCAAUAUCUGGACAACAACAAAAAAGUGAAAAACACAUCACACAAGAUACGAAACACCAUAAAUGCGAAUUGUCCACAGAAGGCGAAGGAACUAAGUUUAACGGUAAACAGCGCUGAGAUACAUAGCAAGAGUGGGAUGUCACACUUAAAAGACAAAAAAUAAAAAUAAAAUAAUAUUAAAUCACUUAAAACCUGUUUCAGACGUCAAAGAAUAAACGUGUUUCUAUGGGAAGGUGUUGUGCUGAACGUGCACACGGUUUAUUGUAUCGAACAGCACAACGCAAAAAGCAAAGAAUCACUUUAUCAUAAUUAUUUCAUUACCAGGACCGAGCAUAAGCGGACAUAUAUGAUUUACAAAAAGAUUUGCUUCUGAAAGGAUUAUAUUCGUAAAUAUUGAGUAAAAGAAAACACAAAUAGAUGGCGAAUAUCUAAUUGACUCAAAGGAAUCCCGAAACACAAAGUUCGAUGUGAAAAUACAGGAUAAUAAAACAAACACUCGGAAAUUGAACAACCAAAACUAGGCGCAAAAGGCGACUUAUCCGAAAGCACGGCACGGCGUUACAGGUGAAAGUGUUUCUCUAGCGCCUGCCAGCACUCGUAAUAGCGGGCGUCUAGUUUCUGGCACGUCUG